AAAACGCUGGCUGCUCCUCUUGUUCUCCCUCUGCAAAUCGGUAAAAGCAGCAAAAAUAGGCAGCCAUGGAAGCCAUACUCAUAGACUGUGUUCAACACAGUCUUCGCGAUUUCAUGUACUCUAACGCCAUUUUCAUCUGCGAGCGUCUUUGUGCCGAGUUUCCUUCCGAGACAAACUUGCAAUUGUUAGCCAGCUGCUACUUGCGCAACAGUCAGGCAUACUGUGCGUACCAUAUUUUGAAAGGAACACAAUUGGCUCAAUCCCGCUACUUGUUUGCAAUGUCUUGCUUUCGAAUGGAUCUUCUUAAUGAGGCUGAAACAGCACUGUGUCCUCCUAAUGAGCCCAGUGCAGAGGUUCCAAAUGGCGCAGCUGGUCAUUACCUUCUUGGGCUUAUUUACAGGUACACUGACAGAAGGAAAAGCGCAAUUCACCACUUCAGAGAGGCUUUGUCAUUAGAUCCAUUAAUGUGGGCUGCAUACGAGGAGCUUUGUGUGUUAGGUGCUGCUGAUGAAGCAUCUGUAGUCUUUGGUGAAGCUGCUGCUCGUUGCUUACAGAAGCAAUACCUACAUCAUGGUUUAGCUUCCCAAAAUUUGCAUGUGUCAAACGAGGAUCGCAAUUUUUCUUCUGCGAGAAGCUUAAGCUUGGAAGAUUUCAGUCCCAGGCACUUGAAACAUAUGCAAGGCAAUAGCAUAAGAGAUAUCCCUGGGAGUUAUCAUAAUAGUACUGUUAUAGGAGGAGCUUCUGCUCAGUCUUUAACUGGGAGCUCUUCUAACAUACCAUUUUAUAAUACGCCUUCACCAAUGGCUACACAGUUGUCGGGUGUUGCUCCCCCACCUUUGUGUAGAAAUAUGCAGCAAAAUGGUCCAAACCUGAGCACAGUUGGUGCUGAUAGCUCACCAAAGUCAACUGUGAACUCUACUGUUCAAGCCCCUCGAAGAAAGGUUGUAGACGAAGGAAAGCUAAGAAAGAUUUCAAGCAGGUUAUUUAUUGAUUCUGGCACUCGAAGGAGUACAAGACUUUCAGGAGAUGCAGGGAGUAAUGCUAAUGCAUCUUCCACAAUGAUGACCGGAAAUGGAAAUACCAACGCAUCUAAAUACUUAGGUGGGUCCAAGUUGGGUUCUAUGGGAUUACGUUCCAUGACUGGUCGAAAAGGACAAACAUGGUCUAAUGAAAAUAUCGAUGAAGGAAUACGUAAUGAAACUUUCGAAGAUACACGAUUAAAUGUAACUUCAGUAACUUCUAGUUCAGCACCUUCUAUUGAUAGUAGAUCUCUUGAACAUGAUGGGGCAAGUGUUAUGCUGAAUGCUUCAAGAAUCAUUUCUGGAACGUCUGAAAUAUUGUCCCUUUUGGCAACACUUGGAGAGGGCUAUAGGCUUUCUUGCCUGUACAGGUGCCAGGAUGCCUUGGAUGUCUAUCUCAAAUUAUCGCACAAGCAAUAUAAUACAGGCUGGGUUCUUUCCCAGGUUGGAAAAUCAUAUUUUGAGUUGGUAGAUUACUUAGAAGCUGAUCGUGCCUUCAGUCUUGCUCGUCGUGCAUCACCUUACAGUUUAGAAGGAAUGGAUAUAUAUUCUACAGUUCUAUAUCAUUUAAAGGAGGAUAUGAAGUUAAGUUAUUUGGCACAAGAACUGGUAUCAACUGACCGUUUAGCUCCCCAAUCAUGGUGUGCCAUGGGAAAUUGUUUUAGUUUACAGAAAGACCAUGAAACUGCUCUAAAGAAUUUUCAGCGAGCUGUUCAACUUAAUUCAAGAUUUGCAUAUGCACAUACCCUUUGUGGCCAUGAAUAUGUUUCACUAGAGGAUUUUGAAAAUGGAAUUAAAAGCUAUCAGAGUGCACUUCGUGUUGAUACAAGACAUUACAACUCCUGGUAUGGGCUGGGGAUGAUUUAUCUUCGCCAAGAGAAGUUUGAGUUCUCGGAGCAUCACUUUCGCAUGGCUUUCCAAAUUAAUCCACGUUCAUCUGUUAUCAUGUCUUAUCUUGGUACAGCAUUGCACACAUUAAAGAGAAGCGAGGAGGCUUUGCUAAUGUUGGAGAAGGCUAUUUUAGCAGAUAAGAAGAAUCCUCUUCCAAUGUAUCAGAAGGCUAAUAUACUCAUGAACUUGGAAGAUUUUGACGAGGCUUUAGAAGUCCUAGAGGAGCUUAAAGAAUAUGCCCCACGUGAAAGCAGUGUUUAUGCAUUGAUGGGAAGGAUCUAUAAGCGGCGUAAUAUGCCUGAAAAAGCUAUGUUUCAUUAUGGCCUUGCCUUGGAUUUGAAACCCUCUGCAACGGAUGUGGCUACCAUCAAGGCUGCCAUCGAAAAGUUGCUUGUGCCAGAUGAACUACAAGACAGCUUGUAGGGAUCGGCAUUCUUCAGAAUCCUGCAGUAAAAGAGAUGUAGAUUAUCAGGCUCAGAAAAUUCACCCCACAAGGAACUUGGCUUGUGCUUUCGGAGAAGAUGAUGAUUGAGCUAGCGGGGCUUAAUUUGCUUGCGCUAAAUACUGCUUCCAAUGGGCAGAGAUUUUACAAGGAUCCUCAGUUUUGUAGGUAAUUGACAUACUAACGGAGGAUCUCGUGUAGCAAGCUGCCACAGUCGUACAAAUAGUUGUAAAAUGAUAUUGAGAAAAGUUCUUGUACCAUUUUAACGUUUUUGACUCGGUAAUUUUUUUUAUCCCCGCUUGUAUCAUUAUGUUGAGUUAUAUUUGUUCAUAUCUUUUAGUUUCUUGCCCC